AGUCCUUCACCGGGAUGGUUCAUAUCUCCAGCACAACAAGCACCACCAUAAUAAAAGACAAGAGUGCCACGCCUUGUCUGUAUCUCAUAUCUCCAGCGUUCGGCAGAUAUGGCACCGGUGACCGUCUCUCUCGUUCUUCUCAUUCUUUGCUGUGCAGGAGCAUUAGCAGACACCAAUGGCAAACCCCCAAAAGAAAAAUCUUGGAAGUGUCCAGUAGUUAAUACAUUUGCCCGUUGCGACUCUUACAUUAGACAUUGCCUUCAUGACUACGGGUGUCCCGGGAAUCAGAAGUGCUGUGAUGGCGGCUGCAUAAUGCAGUGCACACCACGUCCAUGAAGCAAGAUGCUGACCGUCACUCAUGGACCUUGACGAGGAUCUGCAGCCAGCUCAUCGUAUACAGCUUUGCUUAUUCUACAUGUAAUAAAAUAAUCAUCACUCCCA